AUGGAUUUUGAAUUAGAACCCACAUUAGGAUCUUUAAUAAAACAGGACACUUUGAAAUGGAUUUUUGUUGGUGGUAAAGGUGGUGUUGGAAAAACCACAACGUCGUCAUCGAUUGCCGUUCAAUUGGCAUUACAACAUCCGGAUUCCGAGUUUCUUUUGAUUUCCACUGAUCCAGCACAUAACUUGUCCGAUGCAUUUUGUCAGAAAUUUGGCAAAGAGGCAAGAAGAGUUGAAGGGUUGUCCAACUUGUCAUGUAUGGAGAUAGACCCAGAGGCGGCAAUGAGUGAUUUACAACAACAAGCACAACAAUACAACAACGACCCAAAUGACCCAUUGAAAAGCAUAAUGAAUGACAUGACGGGGUCGAUACCUGGUAUUGACGAAGCUUUGUCGUUUAUGGAAGUGUUGAAACAUAUCAAGAAUCAAAAAGUUAGUGAGAAUGACAGCAAGGACAAGAUUUCCUAUAGAACCAUCAUUUUUGACACUGCACCAACGGGGCACACCUUGCGUUUCUUGCAGUUGCCUUCAACUUUGCAAAAGUUGUUGGGAAAGUUCCAACAAUUGUCCGGGAAAUUGGGUCCCAUGAUGAGUAUGUUGGGUGGUGGAGCUGGUGGUCAGCAAGACAUGUUUGAAAAACUCAAUGAAGUUCAGAAAAAUGUCACCGAAGUGAAUGAGCAAUUCACCAAUCCGGACUUGACUACUUUUGUUUGUGUUUGCAUCUCGGAGUUCUUGUCGUUGUAUGAAACUGAGAGAAUGAUCCAGGAAUUGAUGUCAUACAAAAUGGAUGUCAAUUCAAUUGUUGUCAACCAAUUAUUGUUUGCCGACGAUGACGAGAAUCCUUGUCAAAGGUGUGUGAGUAGAUGGAAAAUGCAAAAGAAGUAUUUGGACCAAAUGGCUGAGUUGUACGAGGACUAUCAUUUGGUGAAGAUGCCACUACUUGGAACCGAGAUUAGAGGUGUUGAAAACUUGAAGAAGUUCUCCAAGUUUCUCUUGACCCCAUACGAUCCAAAAAAGGAUCGCUCACUCAUAACAGAAAUGAAGGAACAAUGA